CUCUUAAUGCAAUGGUUAGGUGUAGAUCAUGAUGUGACCGAGGCAAUGAUAAAUAUUCACGAAAGAACCAAUCCAUAAGAAACCUUGCGUGUCACGCUCAACCAUUCUAUAUAAAGCUAAAUGAUUGCGUUGUGCACCUUUAGAGUGUUCAACCAGACCAGUAAUCGAUCAGGUGUAGGGAUGAUCGCAACAAUUCUACUAUGCUCGCUACUAAUCUGCUUGGUAACGUUCCGGUGCUACCGGUACCUGUUCGAUCGACCAACCAACUUCCCAAAAGGUCCUCCCAGACUACCCCUAAUGGGAGGUUACGGCAUCAUGCUGAUGAUCAACUACAAGCAUCUGCACAAGGCCGCUACCCGGUUGAGUGAGUUCUACAAAUCCAAACUGAUCGGACUGCACGUCGGCAGCUACCCAACGGUCCUGGUGAACGAUUUUGACACCGUGAAGGAGGUGCUGAACCGAAGGGAGUUCGACGGCCGUCCGGACAUGUAUAUGGUCCGAAUACGCGAGAAGAACUUCCAGCGGAGGGGGAUCUUCUUCAUAGACGGACCGGAUUGGAAGGAGCAGCGGCGGUUCAUGUUGCGAUAUCUGCGGGAUUUUGGGUUUGGUAGGAGGUUGGAACAGCUGGAAGUGGAAACGGAAGCCGAGAUUCGGACGUUGAUCGAUAUAAUCCGUGACGGGUCGAGGUACGAGCAUGAACGGGGCUUUUGCGGUCCGGAUGGGUUUGUCAAGUGUCCGGAGAUAUUUUUUGCAUGCUUUGCCAACGUGCUACUGUACGUGAUAUCUGGAGAGCGAAUUGAGCGCGCAAAAGCUGAAUCAGUAUUUGAUCUGGGAAGGCACUCGAUGACGUUUCUGCGCUGCGGAGAUGACUACGGAACGGUACUGAGUCUGAUACCGUGGAUCCGAUAUCUGUUCCCGAACGCUACCAAUUAUAACAACAUUCGCAAGUCUAAUCGGGGCGUCAACGCGUUUAUUGCUACUGUUGUCCGGAAGUUUCUGGACAGCCACACUGAAGGUCGGGUACGAUGCUUCCUGGAUCUAUAUUUUCAGGAGAUGAAGAAGACUGCGCCCAAGGAAGAAGGAAUUGGUUUCCAGUAUGAUCAGCUGAUCAUCGCACUAGCCGAUUUCUUCCUACCAACCAUUGCAGCAUCAGCAUCGCAAGUGUCGUUGCUGCUGCAACGCUUACUACUCAAUCCGGAUAAAAUGAUCGUGACGCCAACCGCCCUGCUGUGGACGGUGGUGGUCGGACUGGUGCUGCACCGGUGCUACCGGUUCCUGUUCGGCCGACCACCCAACUUCCCCAAGGGACCUCCGAGACUUCCCUUUUUGGGAGGUUACGGAAUCAUGCUGCUGAUCAACUACAAGCACCUGCACAAGGCCGCCACCUGGCUUUGUGGAUACUACAAGAGCAAACUGAUCGGACUACGUCUCGGCAAGUACGAAACGGUGCUGGUGAACGACUUUGACAUCGUGAAGGAAGUGAUGAACCGGGUUGACUUCGACGGCCGGCCGGAUUUGUUCAUGGCUCGGAUGCGCGAGAAGAACUUUGAACGGCGUGGGAUCCUGUUCACCGACGGGCCCGACUGGAAGGCUCAACGGUGGUUCGUACUACGGUACCUCCGGGAUUACGGAUUUGGUAGGAGAUUCGACGAACUGGAAGCGGAAACGGAAUCCGAGAUUCGGACGUUGAUCGAGAUGGUCCGGUAUGGGGCAAAGUACGAGCACGAGAGGGAUUUCAUCGCGCCGGAUGGGUUCGUCAAGUGUCCGGAUAUACUGUUUGGAUGCUUUGCCAACUCAUUCCUGCACGUGCUGUCUCGAGAGCGGAUGGACCGAGCGGAGAGUUCCCAAUUGUUUAGAGUCGGUAAAGACGCCAUGGCAUUUCAGCGACUAGGCGAUGACUACGGUACCGUGCUGAGCGUGAUCCCGUGGAUCCGACAUUUGCUUCCGAACGCUACCUACUACAACCACAUCCGGAAGGCUAGUUUGGGAAUGAAUGCGUUCAUUGAUUCCAUCGUUAAGAAGCAUCUGGCCAGUCACGAUGAUGGCCACGUGCGGUGCUUCCUGGAUUUGUACUUUCGAGAGAUGAAGAAAGCUGAACCCAAGGAGGAAGGUUUCGGCUUCCAGUACGACCAGAUGAUCCUCGCCGUGGUGGACUUCUUCUUCCCGGCCAUUUCCGGUGCAACGACUCAGUUAGCCCUGCUGUUGGAACGCCUACUCCUCAACCCGCAAGUCCUAGCCAAGAUGCAAGCGGAAAUCGACGACGUUGUAGGUCACGGUCGGCUACCAACCCUAGACGAUCGCAUCAAACUAUCCUACACCGAAGCAACCCUACGCGAAAGCCUACGGAUCGACACGCUAGUCCCGUCCGGAAUGCCCCACGUGGCCCUACACGACACUACCCUCCGAGGGUACGACAUACCAAAAGGAACCCUUCUGAUGCUGGGUCUCACCGACAUUCACAACCAGCGGGACGUUUGGGGUGAUCCGGAGGUAUUCCGGCCAGAACGAUUCCUCGACUCCAAAGGACGCCUCUCGUUGGCCAAAGAUGUGAGCGUUCCGUUCGGUGCCGGGAAGCGACUCUGCGCCGGGGAGACCUUUGCCCGGAAUACCAUGUUUUUGGUGGUGGCCGCCCUCGCCCAGAACUUCAACCUACGACAGCGACCCUCGGACAAGAAACCCGAUCUUGGAGCUCGAUCGACAGGGGUUAUUAUCUCGCCGGCGGAUUACUGGAUUAAGUUUGAACCACGUUAAACCGAAUCAAUAUGUCGCCAAUAUAAUUUUUAUCAACAUA